UAACAAGUGUAAAGUUCUUAUUUUCUGACGUCAGAGCCCAGGAGUGACGUCAAUGUUGACAACCUGGUGAGUUCGGGAGGUGAAUUCAAGAUGGCGCAGAGAGCGGAGGAGGAGGAUGAGAUCUCGGGGCUGAGGAGGGCGAGGAGCGGGGGAGGACGAGGCUCGGUCGCCCGGGAAAGAGAUGAACAGGUCCGAGCUGUGGAGGAAUCCUUCCUGAGGAGCCUGGGGAACUACGAGCCGAUCAUCACCUACCUACAGGCCGUCCUGGUGUGGGAGAGACCCCGGCACAGCGCCCUGCUCCACCUCAGCCUCAACGCUGCCUUCUGGUUCUUUGCUUUGACGUCGCUCAGAAUUCUAUUUCUAGCAGCAUUUGGCCUGAUGAUCGUUAUCUGCGUAGAUCAGUGGAAGAACAAAAUCUGGCCUGAACUGGGAGCUGCAAGAUCCAGUGACCUGGACAAUGAGAGCUGGGGGUAUGUGCAUCCGAGACUGCUCAGUGUUCCUGAGUUAUGUCAUCAUGCCGCUGAAAUCUGGGUCAGUCUAACAAAUUUCAGAAGAAACCUCCUGCUUUUUAAGGCUGAAAAUCCAGGGAAGUUCUGUCUCUUGGUCUGUGGAUUCCUAACCUUCUUGGCUGUCCUGGGUGGCUACAUUCCUGGCAUUGUACUCUCCUAUAUGCUGUUGCUUUUCAUCUUGCUCUGGCCUCUGGCAAUAUAUCACCGUUUGGGACAACGUGUGUACCAGAAACUGGAGCCGACCCUGCAGCGGUUGGACUUUAGUGUCCGUGGAUACAUGAUGUCCAAGCAGAAGGAGAGACCAGUGCAUGGCCGUGCUCUUCCACCCAGUGACGGAAGUGACAGUGAAGAAGAACUGGCUGCAUUUUGCCCUACGCUGGAUGACUCUGCAGUUGCAAGAGAACUCACCAUAUCGGACUCUGAACAUUCAGAUGCAGAUGUUUCCUACACAGAAAAUGGGACAUUUAAUUUAUCCCGGGGCCAGACUCCUCUAACAGAAGGAUCAGAAGACCUGGACCGCCACAGUGAUCCAGAAGAAUCUUUUGCCCGAGAUCUCCCUGAUUUUCCUUCCAUCAAUCCAGAGACCGUAGGAAUGGAUGAUGAAGAUGACACCAGCAUUGGGCUGCCUCUUUCAGCCGGUCAUCAUCGUAUGUCUUCUGGCCAGCUGUAUGAUGAUCAGGAGUCAUCCGAGUCUGAAAUACCACUAGCACUUGGAGCUCAGCAGAUCAAAGACAACCUUACCAACCUAGUCACAAGAGGGAUGAUACAAAUGGCAUUGGCAGGAGUCACCCAGCAAGCUUCUGGCUUUUUUGAAAACACAAGACCCAAAACAUAUCAGAGAAACUCAAGCUCUGAGAUGGACACUGAUGCAGAAGCUGAUGACUUUGAGCUACUGGACCAAUCCGAGCUAAGCCAGAUGGAUCCAACCAAUCCACGUGGCCAACAGUAAUUUACGAGGAAGGUGCCAGUCUCUUGUGAACAUACAAUCUUAUCUGUUUCUCAUUGUAGACCAGUAUCUUCAGGCUGUGUUUGCUCAGUGUGUCCCUGUGUGAGGUUUCCAUUUCCUAAUACAGGCUUACCAGCCUGCUGCUUUAUCACUGUGAAGUCUGACCCAGUAGAUUAGUCAUUCUGGAUUGAAAUAUUCAGUAUUUGAAAUUCCUGCUGGACAAUGUGCAAUAGGUUUGACCUUUCUCAUAAAUGCCCCAUCUCAGUCUAGGGCUAGAGAACUCCUAUGUUUGUUAUUAAUGUAAAGGUUUUUAAUUUUUGGUGAUUUAGCAGUGGGGACACAUUUUAUUUGUAGGUGUCCUAAUUCAUACCUUGUGGUUCGCUGUCCCCCCAUCGUGGGGCAGCUUUUAAAAUCUGGACCGAGCACUUAGAGAUGGUGAAGAUUGGAGUGGAUUGUUAAUAUUGUUGAUUUAUAGAAGAGUGCCCCUACAAUCUGUGGAUUUGAAUAUUUCUCCUGUCUGUGGUGGGGCUUCAUUCUGUGUUGUACAGUGCAACAUUUCCUUUAUAAUGGAGACCACAUCCUCUCCUUCUUCCUAGACAAAAGCACUUUUAAUUUUGAAUACAUUUUGGUUUUCACUCAC